CGGUUGUACCCUUGCCGGACCUUGUGCAUGUCGCAACUCCCUUGUUUAUCGGGCAAACGGGGAACGAUUUGAUUUUACGGAGCAGAGGGGAAGGCGAGACGCCGUUGUUGCUGGAGAUGGCCCAGAGCACGAAGUUCCUUGAGCCCUUGGCUGCCUUUCGACAUCGAUGCGCCUACGGCAACGUGAAAGAAGACCUGCUGGUGCCGAUAGGGACGGCCUUGUUCCACCCCGGGCCGGAGAGCAUGGAGGGCACUGGACACAUCCUCAAGGAGACGGUGGUCCUCCCGGACGGGGCGAGAGAAGACGUCCGAAUGGA